AUGAAGUCCCUUCCUCUUCUGCUGCUGCUUCUGCUUCCAGUGUUGUGCUGGCCCAGUUCCGCCUCGACACCGGACCUGCGCGACCAACACCUCCUCCAGAGUGUCCAGGCUGCUGAUCUGCCGUCUCAGGGCUGGACCUGGCAGACCAUAGAGAAGCUCCUGUCACAGCCACAGGGUGGCGCCACUGAGCACAUGGAGCUGCAGCGCUCGGCGGACCUCAGCCCCGCCCAGCCGACACGCAAGGCUGGCUGUCGACACGUGUACUGGAAAGGGCCGACGGCGUGUUGA